AUGACUGCUCUUCGAGGGUCGUGCGAGAGUUAUGUAUUUUAUUUGACGCUGCGGCAGAUAACUGUCCGCCAGCCGCAGUUGGCGCGCGACAACGCCGUGGAGAAGUACGAGCCGAGGGCGGAGCUUCUCGUGAGGUGGGCCGUUGGUUCGGCACAGACGGGGCGGGCGUUGUUCCCGGCAGACGUGACGGAGUCUCCUCUGGAGGGCGCGGGAGGGCAGGGGCGUGGCCGAACGCUCCUGACGCUGGGGCCGUCCCACGAAAUAGUUAUCCAGGAGAGGCUGCGCCGGAAGCCCGCUCGCGGGCGGGGGCGGGAGGAGGCGCGGUAUGAG